AUGGCAGAAUUUACAGGUUAUAAGGAGACUUCAAAUCGCCAUCUUCGAUUCAAGUUACAGAGUCUUGGCCGUCGUCUUGAUGAACUGGAAGAAGCAACAAAAAAUCUCCAGAAAGCAGAGGAUGAGCUUCUUGACCUUCAGGACAAAGUUAUCCAGGCAGAAGGCAGCAAUUCUAGCAUGCUGGCUGACGUAGAAGUUCUGAGAAAAAGAGUGCUGAAAAUUGAAGGCAAGGAUGAAGAAAUAAAAAAAGCUGAAGAGCUCUGUCAGUUGAUGAAGGAAAAACUGGAGGAGGAGGAAAGUCUCACUCGAGAACUUAAAUCAGAAAUUGAACAGCUUCAGAAGAGAAUGGCAGAACUGGAAAAACUGGAGGAAGCUUUCGGCAGGAGCAAGAAUGAUUGUACUCAGCUGUGUCUGAGCCUUAAUGAAGAAAAAAAUUUGACCAAAAAAAUAUCUACAGAGUUGGAAAUACUUAGGAUGAAAGUAAAAGAACUUGAAGCAUCUGAAGACAGACUGGAUAAAACUGAACAUAGUUUAGUAAGUGAGUUAGAAAAGCUGAAAUCUUUAACACUGAGCUUUGCUAGUGAAAGAAAACACUUCAAUGAAAGAGAAAAGCAGAAUGAAAAAUUAAUCCAGGAGCUAACACAAAAACUAGAACAAAACAACAAACUAAAUAGGGCAGAUCAAACUAGAAAUGCAUCAAACCUGCUAGAAAGAUCAUCAAAUAGUCUUCUGGAUAGAAAUGACCUGAGAAUUGAAGAUGACUUGACCUCUGCAUUGCCCUCUAAAGAAACCAGAAGAAAGGGAAGCUUGGAUUACCUAAAGCAUGUAGAAAAUGAAACCAGAAAUAAAUCAGAAAAUCAAAAGAAUAAAAAUCAAGAAGACAACAAAGUGAAAGAUCUCAACCAAGAAAUUGAGAAACUUAAAACUCAAAUUAAACAUUUUGAAUCUUUAGAAGAAGAACUUAAAAAAAUGAAAGCCAAAAAUAAUGACCUGCAAGAUAGUUAUCUGAGUGAACAGAAUAAAAACAAGCUCCUGACUGGUCAAUUGGAAGAAAUUAAAAUUCAAAUAAAGAAACAAAAGGAUAUGGAGAAUGGUGAGGUGGAAAGUGAAGAAAUGAGCUUCCCCAGCAGAAUUAGACAUGACAGACCUAAAUACAGAGGUAUCACAGCUGAGCCGGCAAUUUCAAAACACAAGUCACGGGAGCUUUCACCUCAGCAUAGACGAGAAAGGACACGGAACAGAGAAUUCUCUUCCAAUAAUGACAGUUAUACCACAAGUAGCAAGCAAGUUCCCAGUCCAAGUUUAAUUACUAGGAGAACAGUAAAGGCAUCUAGUACAUCUGCUCUACUAGACACUGUGAUUACUGAUACAAAAAGAAUGGAAGACAAAUCAGCAGUUGCUACAUAUUUAUCUAUGCAGAAAGAUAGUGGUGCUCCACAAAAUGAAGUGAAGAAAUCGAGAGAGCAGCCAUCUGUGCUGAGUCGAUACCCACCGGCUGCACAUGAGCACAAAUCUUGGAAAGCAUCUUCCAAACCUGGGAAUGAAAGUGGACUGAAGACCAAGGUUGAAAAGCCAUCUCAAAUAUUUAGUGAUGUUUGCCAAGGUAACUCUGAUGAAAAAUCAAGCAAAGGAGAAAUGACUGUAUCUUUGACUGAAAAGAUGAAAACAAACCAAACAGAGAUGUCUGAUCUAUGUGUAGAGAUACCCUUUAUGAAAAGUAACCAUGCACCAUCCAAUGAAACAGCUUCAUCAUAUAGAUACCAUAUCUCUUCUCAGAUGUUAGCAGCUGAAUCCACCAGCUCUAAAGCAGAAGCAGCAACAGUCUCUGUUUUAUCUCACAGACAGUCCCCAGAAGGGAAAUCUAAAAGAACAAUAAACUCCCAAGAAAGAGAAUUUACAGACACUUUUCAUGAAAAUACAAAGCCUCCAACUUUAAUAAAGUAUUCAAACAGCUCAAGAAGUCAAGAAGACAUCUUACAGAUUCUCACAAGUCAAGGUAAGGACCAAUCUGCACCAUCAGUUACAGAUCAGACAAAUGUUGGCAUAAAAUCUGACUCUUUGAGAUCCAAACCCAUCAAACCAGCUAGCCAUGAAAAACUUAGUACAGAUGAGGAGAUUGGUAAAAGCACCAAUGCUGCUACUGAGUCAGAACUGGAGACGAGAAAGAAACCCAGUUCCAGAGAAUUCUCAAGCUCCAGAGGAGUUCUCAGAGCAUCUCUCUUUGAAAAUGAUAAAAAUACUGGAAGUGAAGAUGACCCCCUCAAAUCCAUAAAGACAUCUUCAGAUGCCGCCAGCGUAGGAUUGAAAUCCAGAAGGUCAUUCAGCCCUAGAGAAGCUUUGAGAUCAAAAGCCAUCAUUAAACCUGUAAUAAUUGAAAAGGACAUGAAAGAAGUAAUGGGAGGGGCUGGGUCUGAAGAAUACUCUCAAAAACAGAAAUCUCUCUUUAAAACUGUGACAAAUAAAAUGACAAGCAGCAUAACAAUCUUCCCCUCUGAGCCAGCCAACACAAGGACCAACACAAAUGAAGCCGCAAAGGAAAGACAUACUUCUACCAGCAAUAUUAGAGUCGCUCCAAAUGAGCUAUCAACCAUAACAAACAACAUCAGCACACCCUUUGAGAUCUCAAUUAAUAAGAGUGAUAUUGCUCUGAAAUUAUCUGAGGCAGAUAAAAUUGGGGAUUUAGCUCUGAGAAACAGGACGGAAACACUAAUCUCAAGAAGCAGUAUUAUGAUAAAACCUUCUGAACACAUUGAGAAGAACAAUUGUGAGCCAUCCUUAGAAUCAAUCAGCUGGAAAAGCCAUGGGCCUUUAGAAGCAGAUUCACCAGAGACAAAACACAUCACUCUGAGAAGUUCUUGGAGGACAAGGCGGGGAUUACAAUCUUUGGAAGACUCUCAGAUCAAAGUGGAAAAAAAUACAGCUUCCACUCGUACAAAGGCAUGCAAGUCAUCUACAGACCUCUCUGAAACGGAAGGGGCCAAUGCAAGAAUACAUUUACUUGAGCAGAAUUCAAGGAAGUCCAGGGCCACUAUUAAUUCUUGGAAUACCCCUGAAUUAGAAUUCCGAAGGACCCAAAGUAGCUUGAGUGCAUCUGAGCUAUCUACUCGAAGGAGCUACGUCCAUGAUCCCAUCACUGCUUCUACUUGGAAUCGCAUGACAUUACCAGAGGAAAGCAAAGAUUUUGUUCCCAGUUCCAGAAGAAAACAUUAUGGCUCUUCUGAGCAGCUGUCCCAGGCUGAGACUUCAGAGAAAAGGCCAACCUCCCAGAUGGAGCUGCAGCAGCGCCCUGGAACCAGCCCCCAUGCACAGCUGGGCUGCAAGACAGAGGACCAGGGCAUUUCCCGCUCCUCCCGGAUGACCUCUAGGAGAUGA